CUUCCGGAGAAAAGAAAAGUGAAAGUAUUUGGAGCAGAUCGUGCAGGAAGCUGAAGACAGUGCUUGCUGCCUUCCUCCAUCUCCGUCCAGACACUUCAGGUGUGCUGGCCAGCUCUAUUUCUUCUUGUCCGAUCACCAUGAUGUCACCAAUGUAACUGAUUGGUGUGAUGUUCUGUGGGAUGUCCAGGUGAUCCAGAUCUCUUCUAUUUUAUGACAAAGGACAGGUGCCACACUUGAGAGAUCAAUCAAUUGGUAGACAUUCUCCUCAGAGCUCCACGGAGGCACAAAGGGAGUAAACGUCUGCUCAAGGCUGAUCCUGGGCUAGCUCCAUGACCCAGUGGGGCUGGCAGUGGAAGAUGGCGAGUGGAGGCAGCCAGCUCAGCCGCAGGAUAUCCACAGGGAACCAGAACCUAGAAGACCAAACCCCAGAGGAGCAGGCUGAGUUUAUUUUUAGGUUCUUCAAAGAGAAUAAGGUGGAGAUUGCAAGUGCAAUAAAUAAGCCAUUUCCUCUCCUUAUGGGCCUCCGAGACCGUGGCUUUAUCUCUGAGCAAAAGUUCCAAAAUUUUGAAGAAGCUUAUUGGAAUCAGGUCCCUGUGGAAAAAGUGGUCUAUCAUGUGCUCAGUGAACUGGAGAAGACAUUUGACAAGACAGUUCUGGAUGCACUGUUCAGCAACCCUAACCUAAGGGCCUAUCCUGACUUACUUGAGAUCUGCAGAAGCUUCCAAAAUGUGAUUUAUGACAAAUUCCAUUAUGAAGCCAUUGAUGAAGAGACAAAGGAAAUGUUCCACUUACAAGUACCCCACCAGUUAGAGUCCUGUGAACACUCACUUCCCCAAAUGAAUAAUGUCAGAGCACUGGAAGAGACAUCCAGCUUACUGUCUAAUGAGGGGCAAGUUUCCUGUAAGCACAAAGCUCUCCAAAGGACGAAUGGAGGUGAUUUUAAAGAGAUGUCCGAACUGCUACCAGGCAAUGGGAGAGCGUCUUGCAAACGUGUGGCUCCACAACGGGAUGACGGAGGAGAAUCAGAAGAUGUGCCCGGAUUACUACCUUAUGAUAAAGAAGUGACCUAUGAUCCCAGAGUUUCCCCAGUGACUAAUGAAGGAGAACUAGAGGAGAUGCCCAGUCAACCAGCAGAAGAGGGACAAGAGCAUGGCAAUACCUACUGGGAGACCCGUGAGGAAGAAGAGCCUCAGGAAGCUUUGAGUUCCCCACCAACAUGUGGGCAAGCUCCCAAGAUGAUCAGUGAAGGAGAACCAGUGGAAGUGCCCAGGCAACUGCUAUGUGACGGGGAAGCAGAAGGUAACAGUGCCUGUUUAGAAAUGUAUGAUGAAGAAGAACCUGAGGAAGACUUGAGCUCACUACCAGAAAGUGGAUCAGUAUCUGGCAAACUAGAAACUCUCCAAAUGAAUAGAGAGGAAGAAUCAGAAGAACUUAUUUCCGGACUACUACUCUGUGAUGGAGAAGAAGCAGAGCUAUCAGAAGAUGGAAAUGAGAAGUGUUCUUGUGUUAUGUGCUUUUCAAAAGAUGUGCCAGAAGGUCCAGAAAGUAGCCAAGCAUGUGACACGAUGGAUGCCGUGGAUCUUGAAAACACCUCUUCGGGAAGACUCAAGAGGAAGAGAAGAAAAAAGAAAGGCCAUGCCUGGACAAGGAUUAAAAGGAGAUAUCAGGGAAGAGUACAUCAAAAAGAAAGAAGCGACACUGAUGGCCAGUUGGUCUCUGGUGAGAGAAAAGUGAAAAUGCGUCUGCAAGGACGUGCCAUGAUGAGGGGGAAAAGGAGAGGCAGAACUCAUAGUGAAAGGGCCCCACAGAAAAGAUUCCAGUUAAGAGGGUCAAGAAGGCGCAGAGAUGAUAGUGUGAAUUUUCACUCUCAAAUACUUCCUGUGACCUGUGGUAAGGUGAAGGGGAUGUUAUAUAAGAAGAGACUGAAACGAGGAAUUUUGGUGAGGUGUAUACAGAGUGAGGAUGGAAGAUGGUUCACCCCCAAGCAAUUUGAAGCCAAAGGAGGCCACGAAAGAUCAAAGAACUGGAGGAUGAGUGUGCAUUGUGGUGGGAGGCCCCUACGAUGGCUAAUGGAGAAAGGACUUCUACAUAAUCCUCCAAGAAAAUAUUUCAGGAGAAGAAAGGCAAUACCAAAGCCUCAAGACAACAUCUUGGUUGACCCUUAUCUGGGAAACUCUGACAUGUGUGAGAUGUGCCGGAACGGAGGAAGGCUGUUCUGCUGUGAUACUUGUUCGAGAUCUUUUCAUGAGUACUGUCACAUCCCACCUGUGGAAACUGAGAGGAGUCCAUGGAGUUGCACCAUCUGCAGGAUGGAGUCUUUCGGAAGGCAGCCAUGUCACGGGGAAUCUGAGGUCCUGGAGAGACAGAUGCAGCCUGAGGAGCAGUUGAAAUGUGAGUUCCUCCUCUUGAAGGUUUAUUGCCAUUCAGAGAGCUCAUUUUUUUCGAAGAUCCCGUAUUAUUACUAUAUUAGAGAGGUUUCUCAAAAUCUGAAGGAACCCAUGUGGUUGGACAAAAUCAAGAAGAAGUUGAAUAAACAGGGUUAUCGCCAAGUAGGGGAGUUCGUGCAGGACAUGCGUCUCAUCUUUCAGAACCACAGGGUGUCUUACAAGUACAAUGACUUUGGCCUAAUGGGACUUAGACUGGAAGAAAAAUUCGAGAGGAAAUUCAAGGAAGUGUUUGCUAUUGAAGAAACAAAUAAGAGCAGUUCUCAGGCAUAGUGGAGGGUGUUGGUAUCCUGGAAAAUUCCCUUUUGGGGCAGAAAUUUCAUCUCCCAUCCGCUGUGAGGAUUGGCUGAGGAUGCCUCCCCUCUCCAAAAUAUCACAUUCUGCCAGUGCCAGCUUCAUCUGGAGUUAACACCUCUUGGACCUGGGAGCUGGCCCCCCAGCCCCAAGGUGGGACCAAUGUGUGGUGUGAUUCAUGCUGGUGCACUCCCCAGAAGAUCAAGCUAGAACUAGUCUCCAGCUGUGACCACAUCCAUGCUUGGUUUUUCCCACCAUGCCAUCCUUCUUCCCUCUCCCUUCUUCUCCUGAAAAACUUCUCAUAAUAAAUCACUUACU